ACAGGUAGAAUCGACAAGUCGUACCCCACCGUUUGCGGCCACACCGGACCAGUGCUGGACAUUGACUGGUGUCCUCACAAUGACCAGGUGAUCGCCAGCGGCUCAGAGGACUGCACGGUGAUGGUCUGGCAGAUCCCAGAGAACGGUCUGACGCUGUCCCUGACGGAGCCGGUGGUCAUCCUAGAGGGCCACUCCAAACGAGUGGGCAUCGUAGCCUGGCACCCCACCGCCCGCAACGUGCUGCUGAGCGCAGGCUGUGACAACGCCAUCCUCAUCUGGAACGUGGGCACCGGGGAGCCCCUGAUCACCCUGGACGACAUGCACCAAGACAUGAUCUACAACGUCAGCUGGAACCGCAACGGCAGCCUCAUCUGCACGGCCUCCAAGGACAAGAAAGUCCGCGUGAUCGACCCCAGGAAGCAGGAAAUCAUGGCGGAGAAAGAGAAGGCGCACGAAGGGGCCCGGCCGAUCCGAGCCAUCUUCCUCUCGGACGGGAAUGUUUUCACCACGGGCUUCAGCCGCAUGAGCGAAAGGCAGCUGGCCCUCUGGAACCCCGUUCUUCAAACUUCACGAGAGGAAGUGUGAGCCGAUCAUCAUGACCGUCCCCCGGAAGUCUGACCUGUUUCAGGAUGACCUCUAUCCAGACACGGCUGGGCCUGAAGCCGCCCUGGAAGCCGAGGAGUGGUUUGAGGGGAAGAACGCCGACCCCCUCCUCAUCUCCCUGAAACACGGAUACAUCCCGGGGAAGAACCGGGACCUCAAAGUGGUCAGGAAGAACAUCCUGGACAACAAGCCGGCUGCCAACAAGAAGAGCGAUCUCAUCAGCACCCCAAAGAAAGCGACGGACACCUCAAACCCUCAAAACGAAGCCAAAUUGGAAGAAAUCUUGAAAGAGGUCCGAUCUCUCAAAGAGACACUCGCGCAUCAGGAGGAGCGCAUUUCCAAACUAGAACAGCAGGUGGCGAAGAUGUCCUUCUGAGAGCCAGCCGGGGAGGGGGAGGGGGUGUCUACGGCAGGGGGAGGAGGAAGGAAGCAGGAUUCGGACUGUGAGCCGCCUGCAGGGCUGCGGAGAGGGAACGGGGCACAGCCGGCGAGCCCAGCCCCGUCACGGCCGGGCAGCCGAGCCUUUUCCAGCCAGCAGCCCACCUCAUCUCCCGACGUCUUUGCGGCCAUUCCAGAACAGACACUGCCGCCUCCCUUCCUCGCGCUCGUCCAUCGGUCGGAGGGUCAUCCAUUCCACGGGAUCCGUAAGACGCCAGGAUCCCUGCCGGACUUCCUAGAAUCGGGGACCAAAAUUUCUUCAUUUAAACACACACACACACACACACACACAUUUGUUUUUUUGUUUUUACUUUCAAGUUGCCAAAAUCCAAAACUUUUUUUUUAAUCCUUUGAUUUUCAUUUCUUCCUUUUUACAGUAUUUUGUGUUUUUAAUCUAAAAGGACGCUGUGUACUUGUGCCAUCUGAGCAACAAACAAAUUGUGUAGGCCUGUUUACUUUGGAGCAACUGGUGCCCCCCCCCCCCCCGCCCCCCUUCCGCCAGGUCAAAAAGGCCCGUUUUAAUCUUUCCGAUUUCUGGUUCCCCUGAAAUCUGCCUGGAUUUGAGGAGGGGGAGGGGAGGCAGCCUUGCUUUCCCACCCGCUGCCAUUUCAAGGGACUGAAACCACCCACCC